GCAGCAACAUGAUAUCAUGAAACGCGACUAUGAAUAAGACCUUCUUCUUCAUAGACGGCAUUCAGCCCGACAGGGCCUCCAAGAGGCGGAUGCGUCGUCAUGUCAUGAAGGGCAAGAAUGCAGGAAAGACGUUUCACCGACCGUCAAGACUGGGACGAGCUAACCACCAGCCAAACACGACUGUCGUUCCACCUCCCUUGCCCGUAUCUCGUCAACCUAAUAAGCAACGACACUACACAGACUGGAUAUGUGUUUCUUCCAACACAAUUAGGAGUUGUGGGAAUGCAUUGCUCACUUUCUCUCUUCCUGUGGCAGUCUCACCGUAUUCUCUAAAAAUUAUCAAUGAGUUCUUCGCCUUUACCGCUGACAGAAUUUAUCCUGCCCGCCUCGGCCUUUCGGUAGACGAUGCUAAAUCCAUGUGGCUCCGCGUCCUCUUCUCCGAUGAAGCCACAUAUCACUGCAACAUUGCUUUAAUGGAAGCAUCCAACGAAAUCUUCAUGGGCAACGGCGCCAGCUCGCCUAAAGCACUGUAUCGCCUUUCUCAGACCCUUGCUAUAGUCAAGAGGAGGCUGGAGAGUGCUGAUGCUCUAUCCGAUUCCACAAUAGGCAUUGUCGUGUCCCUGAUCAGCCAAGAGCAAUGCAGAAAAGAAUUUUUGGGUGCUAAAGCUCACAUUGACGGCCUCAGGAGAAUGGUUGAGCUUCGUGGUGGACUUAGCCAACUUGAAGGGAACAUUGCACUCUUGUUGAAGGUCUGCAAAACAGAUAUUAUUUUUUCCCUUCAGCAUGGAGGACCUACGAUGUUCUUUCGAAACCGUAUGCCUGAAGUCCAGGUGCUUCUAGCACCAAAAGGACUGAGUUUCGAUCGCCCUUCAGCAGCUUCGUCGGUGCAGCACAAGGGAUUGAAUCCACAACUACACGAAAUCCUGUUGGACGUCUUGGGUUCAUCCUCAUUAUUUAAUAACCGCGUACGGGUUCAUGCGGUCGACCUCCUCACGUAUCAAGAGAUGUUGGUAUCCAUCUGUUACCGCCUGAUACGUUUCCAUCCUUUAGAUGAGCCCAGGCUAGAAUCUGAUGUAGAAGCUAUAUACCACACAGGGCUGACGAUUUUCAUGAUGACCAUAUUCUUGCAAUACGACCGCCGCAGAAUCAUGGAUCAUGAGUUGGCAUCCUUUUGCUUCAGGAACACUCUUGAUAGGACGUCAUUGGAGCGCGAUAAUGAGUUGGUUCUUUGGUACAUGAUCAUCGGCGGGAUUUGGAUUUCGGGUGAAGUCGAUGGGGACUGGCUUGCUCCGAGAAUAUGGAUGGUUGCCGAAAACCUGGGCAUUAAGAGCUGGGACGAGGUUCGGAAAUGUGUUGGCAAGUUUCCAUGGGUUAAUGUUCUACACGACGAACCCGGUCGCGUAUUAUGGGAUCACGUAGCACAGUUUGCGGAAGCUGAGAAGCAACUUGUAUUUGAGUAGCGAGAGGAGUGGGAAGAAAAUGACCUCGAAGAAGCUAGCUAAAUCCUCGCAUCCUAUAAGACAAAGAUCGAUGCGUACUUGGAUCUUGGACUGGGCGUACGCUCCAUCAGGGAGAC